CAUUGGGCCGCAGCCAGGGAGAAGUUUAAUGUGGGCAUCAUUUUCACAUCGGACAAGGAUGAGGCGGAAAUUGCAUUUCGCACGGCUGUGGAACGUGCAAAUAUUUUGGAACGAAAUAUAGAACUUGUCCCCGUUGUGCUCUAUGCCAAUACUGAGGACAGUUUUAUAAUGGAGAAAACGGUUUGUGAACUGAUUUCGCAGGGCUGCAUUGCUAUUUUUGGACCCAGUACGGGCAGCAGCUCAGACAUAGUUGCCUCCAUAUGCCAUACGCUGGAUAUACCCCAUUUUGUUUACGAUUGGCUGCCGGAUAAUCGACAAUACGAGCACACAUCGAUGACCCUCAAUAUGCAUCCGGAUAAUCUGCUGCUGGCACGUGGAUUUGCCGAAAUCGUGCAAAGUUUCGGCUGGCGCAGCUUUACAAUUGUCUAUGAAUCGGAGAGAGAGCUUCAACAACUGCAGGAUAUACUGCAAAUAGGUGAUCCGAGCAGCAAUCCGACAACAGUCAGACAACUGAGUCCAGACGACGAUCAUAGACCCUUCUUAAAGGAAAUUAAGCUAUCCACGGAUAAUUGUCUCAUUCUACACUGUUCACCGGAGAAUGUCUUAAAAGUUCUAGAACAAGCUCACGAGCUGAAAAUGUUAGGUGAAUAUCAGAGUGUUUUCAUACCCCUCUUGGAUACACACACCCUGGAGCUGGGUGACAUUAUGAAUGUGGAGGCGAAUAUAACAACAGUUCGCUUGAUGGAUCCCACGGACUAUCACAUUAGGAACAUUGUGCACGACUGGGAGGAGCAUGAGAAGCGCGAAGAGCGAUACUAUAAAGUGCUGCCCACGCAGGUGAAGACGCAAAUGAUACUGCUGAACGAUGCUGUGUGGCUCUUCUCCAAGGGCCUCACAGAGCUCAAAAUUUUGGACGAACUCUCGGCGCCCGAAAUCGAAUGUAAACGCAAGAAGCCCUGGCAACAUGGUCGACGUAUCAUAGAGUUCAUGAAGGCGCGCUCUGAGGAGAUUGGCACGGGUCGCGUCGACUUUAAUGAGUACGGACAGCGCAGUUUCUUUACGCUGCGCUUCAUGGAGAUCGAUGCCGGUGGAUUUUUGGAUCUGGCCACCUGGGAUCCGGUCAAUGGCCUGGACAGGCUCAACGAUGACGAGGAGAGCGAAAAGCGCGUUGGCCAAAAGUUGUCCAACAAAACAUUUAUCAUCUCCUCGCGCAUCGGAGCACCCUUCCUGACGCUGCGCGAGCCCGAAGAAGGCGAAAUAUUGCAGGGCAAUGCGCGCUACGAGGGCUACUCCAUAGAUCUGAUCGAUAACAUUGCGCGCAUGCUGAACUUCAAGUACGAAUUCCGCAUGUCUCCAGAUGGUAAAUAUGGCAGCUAUAACAAAGUCACCCAGACAUGGGAUGGUAUCGUGAAGCAGCUGCUCGAUGGGAACGCAGAUCUGGGCAUUUGUGAUCUGACCAUGACCUCGAGUAGGCGUCAGGCAGUGGACUUUACGCCGCCUUUCAUGAAUCUGGGCAUUAGUAUUUUGUUCUCGAAACCACCAAUACCACCGACGGAUCUGUUUUCGUUUCUAUCGCCCUUCUCGCUGGACGUUUGGAUCUAUAUGGGCUCUGCGUAUCUGUUUAUAUCGCUAUUGCUCUUUGCCUUGGCUCGCAUGGCGCCCGAUGACUGGGAGAAUCCGCAUCCUUGCAAGGAGCCGGAGGAGGUGGAGAACAUUUGGUUUCUGAGCAACACAAUGUGGCUAUCCAUUGGCUCGCUUAUGGGUCAGGGUUGCGACAUAUUGCCGAAAGCCGCCUCAACACGUCUGGUGACUGGCAUGUGGUGGUUCUUUGCCCUGAUGAUGUUGAACUCCUACACAGCUAACUUGGCUGCUUUUCUGACCAACUCGCGACAGGCCAGCUCCAUUAAUAGUGCCGAAGAUCUCGCGGCCCAGACAAAGAUCAAAUAUGGCGCUCUACAAGGCGGUUCCACAAUGGGCUUCUUCAGGGACUCCAACUUCAGCAUAUAUCAGAAAAUGUGGACUGCCAUGGAGAGUGCACAGCCAUCAGUAUUUACUAAAACAAAUGACGAAGGCGUGGAACGAGUGCAAAAAGGAAAAAAUAUGUACGCUUUCCUAAUGGAGUCCACCACACUGGAGUACAAUGUGGAGCGUAAAUGUGAUCUGAUGCAAAUUGGCGGCUGGUUGGAUUAUAAGAGUUACGGCAUCGCAAUGCCCUUUAAUUCACCCUAUCGCAAACAGAUCAGCGGGGCCGUCUUGAAGCUGGGUGAACUGGGCGUGCUCGCUGAGCUGAAGCGCAAGUGGUGGAAGGAGAUGCAUGGCGGCGGCAGCUGCAAGGGCGAUGACGAAGGAAACGCUGAUACUCCGGAGCUGGGCCUGGAGAAUGUCGGCGGCGUAUUUCUGGUCUUAGGACUGGGACUGAUGUCCGCCAUGGUGUUGGGCUGCACAGAGUUCUUCUGGAACGUGAAAUCGGUGGCCAUCGAGGAAAAGAUCUCACUGAAGGAGGCCCUCAAGGCGGAGGUGAUGUUUGCUUUGCAAAUUUGGAUCACCACUAAACCGGUGCAUACAAGUGUCGGGUCGAGUUCUUCGUCUUCCUCUUCGUCUUCCGGCUCUUCAUCCAAGUCAAAAGCUUCUAAAUCGCAUUCGACACGCUCAAAGCACUCAUCCAAAUCCUUGGGCCUAUCCAGCAAAGAUCACGAUGCGGAUUCCUCUGUGCACAGCAAGCUCAAGAAGAUUGGAUCCAUGUUCUCGCUUAAAUCUCAGAAGGCAAAUUCACCGCCGCUUGAAAUUGGUUGGAAGUUGGAUAAAUCUACUCAAAUGAGUGUUGCAUCAACGCCACGUGAUGAGGUGGAGGAGGAGCCGGUGGUGGAAGAGGAGCGUCCUGCUGAGCGACGUCAUCAUCAUCAUCAUCACCACCAUCAUCAUCAUCGCCAACAUCAGCAACAGGAUCAGUCGAUGGAUCAGCGUGCUAGCAAAUUGAGCAAUGUAGUUUAAAGAUUUUUUUUAUCGGUUUCCGUUAUUCAAAGAGUUCUUAAGCCAUUUAGACUUAUUUGUCGGAGUUUCUCAAUAACACUAACAACAGUACACAUACACAUAGAACAUAAAUCCACUCAAUUUCGUAUUUGCUUUUUCGCUCAUUCACACGAGAGAUUUAAGCAAAGUGCAAUUGAAGACAAUGGCUGCUCUGCAGCU